CCUUUUAAGCUAGAGCCACGCUCGUUUCACAUUACGACGCGCCAUUGAGCUGAUAACUUGCUACUUGGUGUACGGCUCAGUUUGUCGGCUGAGUGUGAAUAAGUUUGGUCCGAAUUCGCCAUAAAACGCGCUUUACCGCCGCCUACCUGUUUUCAGUUAUGUGCAGACUGAAUUAUGGUACAUUGCUGCUAAUCGCGGCCUCUUUUUACGUUGCUAUUUGCAGUCACGCCAAGCCCAUGCAGAGCGCACAAAAACUGGAUUUACCAAAUCGUAUCAGAGGUGGUCCUGGAGGUGGAACGGCCGCCCACAGCACAGUGCUGUCGGAAGCGCGUCAAAAACGCGCCAUGGGCGAGUACAAGGAAUUAAAUGACAUUAUUGAUGAGCUGGAGGAGAACAAUUUGCAGGCGCAGAAGAGCCUGGCUAUGGCUUCGCCACUAUCGACAGCACAGCUGCAGCAACAACCACAGCAGGAAUAUGACUUGGACAACAUGCCGCCACUGACCUAUUACCUGUUGUUGCAAAAGCUACGGCAAUUGCAAAAUAGCAACGAGCCCGCCUACCGCGUGCGAACGCCACGCCUGGGCCGUAGCAUUGACUUUCAGCAGCUCCUGGACGCCAGCGGAGUCGGCGAUGAGGAGAUGAGCGUGGGAGGAGGUGGUGGCGGAGGCCUGGGUAUACAGUCCCGGCAGUUCGUGUCGCGCAUGAUGAAGAAAUCGGUGCCGUUCAAGCCGCGUUUGGGCAAACGUGCUCAAGUGUGCGGUGGCAGCAGCAGUAGUGAUUGAGUCAUGGCAACGGCAAGGACACAGCAGGCGACAGAGCGACGACGACAACGACAAGCCCUUGGACAAGGUUGAGGUUAAAUGGCAUUCCAUACAUUUCAUACACACAUGAAAACUCAUGGGCAUGCUGUUAUUAUUUUUAUGAUUAUAAUGCCUAGAAGUCUUAUGUUUCAGUAUUCAUUGGACGACUAAAAUUAUUCGAUAACAUAUUUAAAAAGCCGCAGCAAUUAAAACAAUAAUUGACCGACGCGGGUCGCAUAUACGUGUACACAUAUUCUUAUAUACAUAUAACGCAUAUAUAAUAUGUAAACUGAUAUGUAUAGUCGACAAACGUUUGAGAGGAAUUAAUUAUACGCAAAAAUAUUUGUUUGAAUAAAUUGCAUCGCGCUCUUUUAUCCCAAAA